GCACAGCGGAGCUUCCCGCACCCACACAAAAGGAGCCUGAGAGGACGGCCUGCCGGAGGCGGGCGUCUUCAGGCUGAGAGGGGCUCCCAGAGGGUCCCAGGACAGAGCAGCGCCCACCAUGCUGCUCUGCCUCACCCUGCUUCUCCUGAUGGGGCUGUCUGCGUGUGCUGUGGCAGGUGACGAGGAGUUGGAAAUCAGCGCUGAAGCAGGGCCCUGGCUAACCUUGACCCUGGAGGAAGACAUCCUCCCCAGCAUUCUGCUCCAGCUGCAAGAGGUGAAGAGGGGCAAAGCCAGGCAGUUCUUUGGGCUGAUGGGGAAGCGGGUAGGAGGAAUACCUCCCAUCCAGCCAGGGGGAAGAACAGGUAAGUGUUGUCCAGACCUUCCCCUCAGCAUGCUCCCUGGGGAGGGCCAAGUUGUCCUGGCCACUAACAAGUCAGGGAAGUGGGGGAAGACGCUCUGGCCAGGGGCACACCAGGCUGGCACUGCAGAGGGUGGAGCCAGUGUGGUUUGGCCACACAUUAGGCUUCCUGGUUGUUUCCGUAGAGCAGUGGUCUAUGAUGCCGAGGGAGUAGUUGCAGGAAUAAGCAGGAGAUGGGAAUGAAUCUGCUUCUGCCAAAGGUUCAAAAUUACCUUGGGUCUAAAGCCUGGUUUUAGAAAAACUAAUCAAUCCAUUUCCCACCCUGCACCUGGAAAGAUCUUAAAAGUGCAAAUCUAAACAGCUAGUACCUUGCCCAAAACCCUUCAGUGAAAAGAUAAAAGCAAAAUCAGAAGAAAACAAAUGAACCUUUACCCAUCACUCCCUCAGUGCCCUCAGGAUCAAGUCCAAUGCCCUAACAUAACUCACCACAUCCUCCAGGACCACUCGCACUUACUUGACUCCCAGACCCAUCUCUCCUUCCCUGCCUGCCUGCCCUAUCCCAAUGGAGCUUGUCUCCAUGGCCUGGGCAUAAUGCUCUCCUUGGUGUACUGCACUGUCCUCCUGGGUCACACGGCUCGUGUCCCUAGACUGGAACCCCUGCCCUGGGCAGGUACCAGGUCUGCGAUCUCCUCUGUAUCCCCAACACCCAGCAGUCUCUGUCUGUUAGAGGCGCCGGUUAGGUGUUUGUGAAACGAAGGGCAGAAGGGAGGGAGAAUGGAAGAG